AUGAUACUAGAAGAACAAAAGCCCUUUACAACUGAAGAACUCUAUGAAUAUCGUAAAGUCCUAGUGGACUGGAAAUGGAGAGGUCCUGAUGCAAUAUACUUUGUUCUAGGCUAAUUAUGCGUAAAUACAAUAUAUUCUAUCAUUCUAGAAGGGAACCCUAGAAAGAGAGGCGAUUGUCCAAAGCAAAAUUUAUAAGAGUGUCUAUAUCCUUAGGGAGUCUAUAAGGAAAGCUCCCUCAACUGAUAUGGCAUUAUAUAAUAAGGAUUAAAUCGCCAAUAUUUUGGUCUAAAUAAUUCACUUAGUUUUAGUUAAAACUCAAGUCCAUUCAUAAUUAGAUCAAAGAAAUAAUUUCUAAGCCCCCUAAGCGAGAAAAUAAAAAGACCAUAUUUUCUGUUGCCAAAUAUGUAUUUUACUUAAAGGAUUUUAAUUUUUAGUCUGAUAAUUUUCAAGGAAAUCAAUCCAAUAUUUAACUUGGUGAUUAUUUACCUUAAGAAUAGAGAGAUAAGAUCAAGGCAAAAUUAUCAGAAUAUCUACAGAAAUAAAUUUAAUAAAAAUAAUAAUAAGAACUAUUUUAAGUGGAAAAUUUGUAAUAAUACUUAACUACUAGAUAGAAUUGAUAAAUGUAAUAAGUUAGCUGAUGCUCUUGAAAACAGUUUAUACAAUAAACAUUAUUAAACAGUAGCACCAGGAAAAAAUUAUAGUUCUGAUUUAAAAACUUUAUACUAAGUAUAAUUAAUACUUAAAUAAAGUAUUUGGGUAAAGAUAAAUCAGGAAAAGUGAUACACAAAUUACUUGAAGGGUUUUUUACAGUGAAUUAAGCAUGUUAAUUAUAAUUAAAGGAUUGGUUAGAUGAAGAAGUUAUUAGAGAAUUAGAGAAUAGAAAAAUUGUAAUUAAAUUUUACUAUAUAAAUAUUAGUCUGAGAUGAAAGAUGAUGAUGCAGAUUAUUAUAGAUAGAUUCGCAUAAAGGAAAUGACUCAAUCAAAAGGUUAAGAAUGUCCAAGAUGUCAUAAUAAUUAUUUAUACAUUAUUGAAACUAAAUAAAUUAGAAGAGCAGAUGAACCAGCUACAAUCUUCUAUGAAUGUUUUGCUUGCUAACAUAGAUACAAAGUUUGA